UGCCAUGGUGAGGAUGAUGUCAGUCAGAAUUGCUCUUCUUCCUCUGAUCUUUCUUAUGAUUCACAUUGUUUCCUCAGCUGACUGGUGUGUGAAGUACACUCCUGAACACAUCUGUGCACUAAAAUCCUCAACAGUGAUAAUGAGCUGCACUUAUAAAUACCCUAAAAGCCAUAAGGUCAGGACAGCAUUCUGGACCAAAUACCCUCCAAAACAGGGUCAAGAGUAUCCAGAUCUGUCUGAGGACCCUGAAUACAGUCAGAGGCUUCAGUAUCUGGGAGAUAAACAGCAGAACUGCCACCUCAGACUGAGUCAUGUGACAAAGAAAGAUGAACACCAGUAUUAUUUCAGAUUCACUACUAAUGUAACAGGAAAAAUGUGGCUUGGUACUCCAGGAGUGCGUCUCUCUGUCACAGAUCUUCAGCUGGAGUCUCCUGAGAGAGUGACAGAGGGAGAUUCAGUCCGUCUGACAUGUAAAAGCAGCUGUAAACUGACUGACACACCAACAUUCAUCUGGUACAGAAACUCAGUGACAUUGACUGGAAAAAUUGGAAACAAACUCAUCCUCAAUCCUGUCAGAAGAGAAGAUGCAGGCAGAUAUAGCUGUGGUGUAGAUGGACACACACUCACAUCACCUGAGGUCUAUCUCAAUGUCACCUAUCCUCCAAAGAAUGUCUCAGCCUCCCUCAAUGGAUCUGCUGUGAUAAUGUCUGGAGAUUCAGUGACUCUGAGCUGCAGCAGUGACUCAAACCCUCCUGCUCUGAACUUCAGCUGGUAUAAAGGAGAAACAUUUGUAGGAUCUGGAAGAAUCUUCAAUAUCUCCAAGAUCAGCUCUGAUGACAGUGGAGAAUACAAGUGUAGAGCCAGAAAUAAACAUGGAGAGAAAUACUCUGAUCCUGUGACUUUAGAUGUCCAGUAUUCACCAAAGAGCAUCUCAGUGUCCAUCAAUGGAUCUGCUGAAAUAGUGGAGGGAGAUUCAGUGACUCUGAACUGCAGCAGCGACUCAAACCCUCCUGCAGAACUCAACUGGUUCAAAGGAAAUAAAUCUCUGAAUUCUGGAAGACUCUUCAACAUCUCCAAGAUCAGCUCUGAUGACAGUGGAGAAUACAAGUGUAAAGCCAAAAAUGCACAUGGAGUGAAAUACUCUGAUCCCGUGACUUUAGAUGUCCAGUAUUCAGUACAUCGGGAUUAUUUCCUGUAUGCCGUGUUUGUGAUCGCAGUCGCAUGUGUAGUUUUACUUCUCAUCUGCAUUGUCCUGUUCAUAAGGCAGAGAAAAAAGGCUGGAGUCUCAAACAACAGACAGAAUCAGGUUCAAGAUCCUAGCAGACACGUCUAUGUAAAUGACUCAUUUGUGAACGUUUCACCCAAGAAAACAGAUGGAGGACAAACCCCUCAACCCACAGAUCCUGAGACCGUUGAGUACGCAACCAUACAGGAAAACCAGCAACUCCAGCCUGAUUCUGCUCUCAGAUCUGGUGCUGUGGUGAAUAAUGCGGUGUUUUACAGCAUGAUCAAAGCUCCAGGAUCAUAAAGUGGAUUGAAAGUGAAGCGUAAUGACAUUUACAGCAGCUUUGAGUUAGAUUAUUAUAUUUAAUUACCAUUUCAAGUCACAUCAGGAACAGUCCACUCAACGUUAUUAACUUCUCCUCACUGUUGACUGUCUUUUUGGUCAAAUUUAGCAACGCUGCAGACUAGAAGCAUUUCUUUGUGGUUAUUUACAUCAGUGUGUCUUCAGUAGACUGUGGUUCAGUGUGUCAGAGAAGGAAAUUACAGCAUCUACUUUUUUACUUGCUUUGCUGAUUUCUGUUAAUAGCUUGCUUUGUAAUGUUUUCCAAGAUGUGGGAAAUUUUCAUAAAUUGCUGCAUUAAUAGUGUUAUUUCGCAAUCAUGUGCCUUAGUUUCUCUCUUUCUCUCUCUCUCUCUGUCUGUCUAAAUAUGGACAAAACCUGCUGCAGCAUUUACAGAGUAAAGGUUGCAGCUAGAAGGGAUACAGCUGAAGCCGGAGG